GAGUAGGACACGGCAGAUCCCUCUGAUUCCGCAGAGGGCGAUCUGACUGAAGUGGGAGGCUCCGAUUGAGGUUCUUUUCAGCUCCAUCAGGACCUUCAAGAGGCAAAAGGAGAGAGGGGGGAAAAUCGCCUCUCAUCCCUUCUGAGAAAGAGUCAUCUGAAAAUGCAGAGCAGAAUGGGGGCUGUCUGUCUGUCCGGCUGCUACUGUUUGCUACUAAUUCUCUUAAACGCACUCACCACCGCGGGAAACAAGGCUAACCAAGAUGUUGAUGAAUGUGUUGAAGGAACAGAUAAUUGUCAUAUUGAUGCUAUCUGUCAGAACACCCCCAAGUCAUACAAAUGCAUCUGCAAGUCUGGAUACACAGGAGAUGGCAAACAAUGUGAAGAUAUUGAUGAAUGUGACAAUGAAUACAAUGGAGGCUGUGUUCAUGAAUGCAUAAAUAUUACAGGAAAUUAUCGCUGCAUGUGUUAUGAUGGUUUCAAAUUAGCGCACGAUGGUCAUAACUGUCUAGAUGUGGACGAAUGUGCAGAUAGCAAUGGUGGAUGCCAGCAGAUCUGUGUCAAUAUGAUGGGGAGCUAUGAGUGUCGAUGCCGAGAAGGAUUCUUCCUCAGUGACAACCAGCACACAUGCAUCUUGCGGCCUGAAGAAGGAAUGAACUGUAUGAAUAAAAACCAUGGAUGUGCUCACAUCUGCCGAGAAACUCCAAAGGGUGGAAUAGCCUGUGAGUGCAGACCUGGAUUCGAACUCACAAAGAACCAACGGGACUGCAAGUUGACAUGUAACUAUGGAAACGGGGGGUGCCAGCACACGUGUGACGAUACCGAUCAAGGGCCGAAGUGUGGAUGCCAUCUGAAGUUUGCUCUGCACUCUGAUGGGAAAACCUGCGUUGAGACCUGUGCUGUGAACAAUGGAGGGUGUGAUAGCACGUGUCAGGACGCUGUCACAGGAGUCCGCUGUAGUUGUCCUGUUGGAUUCACAUUACAACCCGACCGGAAAACAUGCAAAGAUAUUGAUGAAUGUCGCCUGAACAAUGGAGGCUGUGACCAUGUCUGCCGGAACACCAUUGGAAGCUUUGAGUGCAGCUGCAAGAAGGGCUACAAGCUACUUACAAACGAAAGGACGUGCCAAGAUAUUGACGAAUGCUCCUUUGACAGAACAUGUGAUCACAUCUGUGUGAACUCCCCUGGCAGCUUUGAAUGCUUUUGCCACAAAGGUUACACACUGUAUGGCCUGACACACUGUGGAGAUAUCGAUGAAUGCAGCAUGAACCAUGGUGGCUGUAAGCACGGCUGUGUUAAUACACUGGGAAGCUAUCAAUGCUCUUGUCCCAACGGUGGUUACAAACUACACUGGAAUAAAAAAGAUUGUGUGGAGGCAGCAAAGUGUUUGCUGGGUUCCAAUCCUCCCCGAGCGCAACUUUCCUGCAUCAAAAGUGGGAAGAGAGAAACCUGCUCACUCAGCUGUGCCUCCAAGGCUCACUUCCAGGCAGGUUCUGAUAACAGUUACACUGUGAGCUGUGGGGCUCCUAUAAGGAGGGCUGAUGCUCAACAACGACUGAACACCAACAUCACAGGCUGUGUAGAGACUUUAGCUGUCCCGGUCAAACAUCGAGCUUCCUUCAAGAUUAAAGAUGCGAAGUGUCACCUUCAUCCACGCAUUAAGGGAAAGCAGGACAGUGGGCGCCCAAUUAUCACAGGAGGUGCCUUCCCUUGUACCGACAACUGUCAGGUUACAUUCGUAAACCUAAAAUGUGAUUCUUCCAAGAAAGCAAAAGGCCGACGGACCCGUAAUCCCCCAGGAAAAGAAGUGACAAGAAUAACAUUGGAUUUUGAAGCAGAAAUAAGAAAGGAAGAUAUAACAGGCAACUGCAAUAUUAACUGUCUGAGGCAGAAGAUGGAGAAGAAACUGAAAUCUGCAAUUAAAACUUUGAAAAAAUCAAUCAACCAGCAGCGUUUCCACAUUCGCUUCUCUGGGACUGAGUACGAAGUGGCAAAGAAAUUGGCAAAAGCUCCUGAGAAAGUGGAAGCCUGCAACAUUGGACAGGAAUGGGUGGACGGGAAAUGUGUUAGCUGCUCAUCAGGCUCGUUCUACCACGGACAGCAGGAGAAAUGUGUUCCGUGUCCUCCCGGCACUUACCAGGAGAAGGAUGGACAGUUAUCCUGUGACUUAUGCCCUGGAACUGAUGGGCAUGGCCCAACUGGAGCACGCAACAUUACAGUGUGUACAGGUCAAUGCAGUCCAGGCCAUUAUUCAUCAGAUGGGUUUCAGCCAUGCCAGUUAUGCAGUCGAGGUACAUACCAGCCUGAGCCAGGUCGGACACUGUGCUUCCAAUGCGGAGGAGAGUUGAUGACAAAACACGAAGGAGCUUUGUCCUUUCAGGACUGUGAUACUAAAGUUCAGUGCUCCCCAGGCCAUUAUUAUAACACAACAGUUCACCGGUGCAUACGAUGUGCCUUAGGUACCUACCAACCAGAGUUUCGACAGAAUUACUGCAUCGCUUGUCCUGGCAACACCACUACAGACUUUGAUGGCUCAACUACAGUCACGCAAUGCAAAAAUCGUCAAUGUGGCGGGGAACUUGGAGAAUACACAGGAUACAUUGAAUCCCCAAACUACCCUGGGAAUUACCCAGCGAAUGUGGAGUGCACUUGGAACAUUAACCCUCCUCCAAAACGGAAAAUCCUGAUAGUCGUUCCUGAAAUCUUCUUACCCAUUGAGGAUGAUUGUGGAGAUGUUUUGGUCAUGAGGAAAAACUCUUCGCCUACUUCAAUUACAACAUAUGAAACGUGCCAGACCUACGAGCGGCCAAUUGCCUUCACUGCCAGGUCUCGCAAACUGUGGGUCAACUUUAAAACUAAUGAAGCAAACAGUGCCAAAGGUUUCCAAAUACCCUACGUCACCUAUGAUGAGGACUAUGAGCAACUUGUUGAAGACAUUGUCCGAGAUGGUAGAUUAUAUGCUUCAGAAAAUCAUCAAGAAAUUUUAAAGGAUAAGAAGCUGAUUAAAGCCCUCUUCGAUGUACUGGCACAUCCACAAAAUUACUUCAAGUACACAGCACAAGAGUCCAAUGAGAUGUUACCAAAAUCUUUUAUCAAACUGCUUCGUUCCAAAGUUUCCAGCUUUCUAAGGCCCUACAAAUAGCUUGACAGGACAAAGGCAAUAAAAUGACCCACUGAAUUUUAUUUUUACAGCUUUGUAACCAUAAUAUUUCACUAUGCUGACUUUUUUUGUGGCUUUCUUCAAAAGGAUCCCAGUUCACACUUCACUGUACAUUAUUUAUAGCUCUCAGUCCAUCAUAAUGAAGACUGUUCAUUCCUUAUAUUUAUGUGCACGCUGGUAUAUAUGACUGCUGGGAGCACAUCCAAAGCCUGCUCCGUAUGCAAGCAUACUUUAUGCACUAGGACUUUCUGUCUGCAUUGUGUGUUUUGUUUUCCCUGUAUAAGAAAAGAAAGUGCAAUGAUUUCUUUCUCCUGUUGGAUGUUUGAAUGGAAGUUUUUUUCUACAGAAAGAUGACAAUAUUUAUAUCUGCAAGGAAGCCUUUUUCGUCUCCACUGCAGUGUACCUUGACACCACCUGCAAAUCACAUCAUAAAGAAAAGUGACAGGAUUGCAAUGUUGCGCAUUAAUAAUUUUGGAAUUUAUUUGCACUUGAGAAUUGUAUUUGAACCUGUACAAAAGUUGGAUUUUGUAUUGCCAUUUUUAAUUGAAUUGAAAUAUUCACACUUUGUGUUGUUUUUCCUUUUUUAUGCUGGUUUGUCCUGAUUUUUUCUGAUGCUCAAUAUUGUAUCAAACAGUACAACUGGAACACAACCAUUUGUUUAACAAAAAGGAGCUUACAAAUCUCCAAGAAUUUUAAAUUACAAGUAUAGUUCUCGUGAUGCAUAAACUAGCCCUUUCAGCCCUAACUUAGGUUAAUGCUCUGGUUCAUUGAUGUCAUUUUAGUGCAAUUUUGGUAAUCUUCUUCCAGCAUAUGAAACGUAAUUCAUGUUUUUCAGGCAAUUUAUUUGUUCACCUCAUAAUCUAUAUUGAGGUACAAUUGAGUAUUAGGAACAUUACAAUACAAAAGAUCCUGAAUUAAAAUGCAAAUCAUGCAUUAAAAGUAGUGCAUAUAAUGCAUUCUCAGUAAAUAUAUAAAUGUUUAUAGCCAUUGAAAGAAGCACAUUUUAACGUGUGAAACAGAACACUACAAUGUGAAAUAAUCGAUCAAUGGAAGCUCUAUAAUGGGAGAGCAAUAUAGGCCCUUCAAUAAGUUAGGAUACUGUAGGUUUGAUUAAGAAAAUGUCCAGGACCCUUGAGAGGAGGGGAAGGGCAGUUGUCCUGGGCCCAAUUGUGCAAAGGCCCAGCAUGUAUGACAUGUAUAUAUCCCAAAAUCAUGGCAAGCUGGUCAAUUGUAGAAAAAAUUUUAAAAGCCUUAAGUAGUACUUUUUUUUUAAAAAAAUCUCCCAAUCAACUUCUCCCUCUCCAAGAAGGGCAAUUGUAGUCAAAGGUCAUGAGGAGCAUUUGAUGAAGCAAAGAGGCUAGUCACAGAGGGAGUCACAACACAGCAUUUAACAAAAAGGGAGAGAAGAAAGUCAGGGAAGGAAAGCAAAAACUUUUAAAUAAUGGUUAUUUUGGGGCCAACAAUUCUGCCAUUAGAAGAAGGAUGCCAGUUUUGUAAACUUAAGUUGAGCAAACUGGCAAGCAGGUGUCAUUUUCUUCUAAUCUGAUUUAGUCAACUGCUAAUUGACUGCUAACUGCAUCUAGUGUUUUUUUUGGAAACCAGUCCACCGCUUUAUUUUAGAUUGAACAAAGCUGCAAAGUAAUCUGUCCAAACUAAUUAAUCAAUUAGAUUUUCCAGCAUACUUCUGAAGGGGUUGGAUUUCUUUGAUCUCCAGUUGCUAACUUGGAUUAUUCAAUGCACCAAGUUUGAUAUCUGAAGACUGGACUUGCAUUUAGUAAUUUUGAUCUCUGGAGUUUUGCUAUCACCACUCCACUGCCUACUAAUCAAUUAUUUAAGUUGGAUAAAGCAUUUAGAUUUGUUCAUUUCAAAUAAAUUCAAAGCCAAAAAACAACUAGCAUUACAAGCUAAAUAUAAUUGAUUAUGAGGAUAAAUAUACAUGUAGCAUUAUUGAUCCUUGAUCAAAUGAUAUAUUAAUUGCCUUUUAUUAGUUAUAAAACCUAAGUUAGAUAAACUGAUUGAUUCUGUGAAUAUUGCUCCCAGGAAAUCAUCCUGCUGUCCUGAAAAAUAAUUGUUUCCUUGUCAUGUUAAAAAUAUUUUAAUGUCUGCCUUCGGUAAUAUUAUCACAUAAACACUAGAUUUGCUGAUAUUAAAUUUUCUCCGCUAUCUUAAUGAGGGAUAAACUCAUUAAUAAUAAAUUCAAAUUGAGAAUAGUCAUCUCUACCCUUUGAAGUCUGCACAAUCUUCAUUUCGAAGUAUUCUACAUUUCUCUUCAACUAUGAGCCUAAAUUAGCAAAUUUGUCAUGUGGAAGUCUAUAGGAACAUUUUAGUGUGCCAUUUGUGAUUAGAGAACAACUUCACAUUUUUGUCUGAUGCCCGGGGGAAUUGAAUUGAGCCACUGAAUAUCAACUUGAUUCGAACCCAGAAUAGCCAUUGGAAACACAGAAAAUAAAACUUUCAGGCUGAUUAUUUUGGGUUGGCUUUGAACACAGAUGCCCAGAAUUAAAGGUCAGUGUAUCUCAUUGUACUGAGCCCACUGUCAAAUACUUCAUUCCACUUUAUUGAUUAAAUAUUUGUUUUAUGUCAUUGUGGCUGGCAUGGCUUAUGUUUGCACAAGGAUAUGAAUAAUAUUAGACCACUAUAAAGCAGAUGUUUUAGAAGGAUAGUAACUCUAAGCAGGAUUUUCUAAUGUUUUUCUGUUGAAUUAUUACAAUAAUUUUAAAAUGCUCUAAAGCCAUGUUUCAUUAUAAAGUUCAUUCUCUGGUGAAUCUGACUGUCAUUUCAAGUCUAGGAUGAACUUUGUUUGUUUAAACACUGCAAAAGCAAUGUCAAAAUUUGGUUCUUUAGCAGCAAGUUUUAGGCCAUUAUGACUCCAUUAUCCUGACAGCAUUAAACAUAUCUCAAUAUGUUCUUAAACUCAUGUCCUUUUGUUUGCUUGGCAAUACAGAUGCAAACAAGAGGGGUGUCAGGCGUGACAAAUGUCACUGGAGUCCUCAAACACUGGAGGCUGGAGCUUCUGUGCACUGUGGGCAACAAUGUGUGGAAGACUGUUGGCUCCCAGAAUUUGGGCCUGUUUUAGAAAUGAGUGUCUGAAAAGUUCAAAAACGUAAACCAGACACUCAUCAAAUAGAAGUCUUUUUAAAGAGGUGGUUGUAAGAUUACGAAGACUAUCUACCAAAUUUGAUCAGCAGCAAAGUAAACAUCAGAAUUAAAGCUACAAUCUCAAAUUUGCCCUCCCCACUACAUUUCUAUUCCGCACUGCCUGGCUUUGGAUUGUACAAAAAAUAAGCAAUAUUUGUAGUGAUGGGGAGGAGGGAGCAUCUUUGACAGAUUUCUGCUUUCCUACCUGUAAACCAGGCUGCUCACUUUGUCCUGGAUAGAAGUGUAAAAGGGAUGUUUUUUGAAAUGUAUUUGAAUUCAAGGCACUUAGGGGAGGGGGGAUUUAACUACUGCUUGCUUCAAAUGGCUCUGUACAUGAAAAAAAAACCAUAAAUGUUACGUCAGUAACAACUGGACUGCAGUGGGUCAAGUGCACAUGUUUUUUAAGCAGGAAAUGGCUAUUUCACAUUGUAAUUUUUUCCACUGUCUGAUGUGUGUACAAGUACAGUUCACACAGUGUAAAUGGUAACAUAUAUAUGAAAUAUGAGAAAUCAAGGCCGCCUUUCCUGUUUCCUCUGUAACUAAAUUUUAGUUUCAUAUGAUAAGCUCAGUGUGCACUCCUGAUGAGUUAACUAGCUAAAUCCACUGACUCAUUAGAUCAAAAACUCUUGAACCCAUCCCCAGCCAAUACUAAAUUAGUUGAUUACAUCCAGGCAGGGAACUGAUGGUGGAAACAUCAGUCAGUGGACUGGUCCCUGCUGGACAGCACACAUGCAUGGACAAUGUGUAAUGAUAUAUGUAAUUGAGCUCAGCUGUGAUGCUGCACCAACUAGCCUAGUAUGCUCAUUAACUGGGUACUGGUGGCUGUUCGAAAUGUACCUCAGCAGGAGGCAAGAAAGUAGGAUUUUUUUUUUAAAAAUACAGAAAACCUGUUCCUUUGGCAUGUUAAAUAGUUUAGCGGCUGACUUACCAGGAGCUGAUAUUGACGUUUACACAGGUUAAUAUGUGGAAGUUGUUGCCUUUUACUCUGCGUGAACUGUAACUUAUCCAGGAGAUUCAAA